UAAAAGCUCUUGACCGAUUCCCCACUCGGUUUACUUGACCAGCAGUCGUUGUACAUGAACAUCAUGCGCGCUCCCGAGUGGAUGAGCACUGAAAUGGCACGCCUCACAUCGAGGCUAGAACGCUACAAGCCAACGGGCAGUGGCUACAACCGCAUCCAGUCGAUUCGGCUGUCCAAGAGUGUUAUCCAAAUGUUGAACAAUCCAAUGCCCCCGCCCCCAGCCGCUGCCACCGCCAGAACGCAGCAGGAGAGCUCCCUUGCAACCCCGCGGAGGCGCGGUGUCCUCAGUCGCAGCGAGUCCGAGUGGGAGGAGGUGUAUCCUGCAGUCAAGAUCAAUCGCCAGGAGAGCAGCGAGAGUGCCACGAGUGAGGACAGUGAGCUGCGCUUUAACCAUUAUAGAAAUUGUGCCACACGAAUUCCCUGAUUGGGGAUACUAACUUCACUACACUUUGCAAUAUUUGUAAAUUUAUAAUUGUUUUAAGUUUAAAAUUAAAUAAUAAAUUCUCUACAAAAACGAUA